AUGCCGCAGGAUGAAGAUGGAGCCUCCGGCUCUGGUUCAACAGGGGGAAUCCUCAAUACAGCCUACUCAGGGAAGCAGAAUCCGGCAGAAGCAAUGGACCAAGAUACCGGAGAAGAAACAAAAGACUUGACAUUCAUAGGUUGCAUUGGUGUUUCCUUAUGGGUAUCUAAGGGUAAAACGAGAAAGGAAGAGAAGGGUGAAGGAGAAACAGGGUGGAUUCAUGCUGUGUACACACCGCAGGACACCCUGGUAUUUGGAGGGAAUUUUCUGCACAGCUUUAACAUACCAAUGCAACUGCGAAUAUACAGCAUUGAAGAUAGGACAAGGGUUCCCACUAAAUUCCGCUACCCAUUUUAUUAUGAGAUGUGCUGGUAUGUGCUAGAAAGAUAUGUCUAUUGUAUGACACAAAGGUCGCACCUGACGAAGGACUUUCAGAGGGAAUCUUUAAGCAUGGACUUGGAAUUGAGUGGUCGCAGAAGACCGGACACACCCUCUUCCUCCUCCUCCUCCUCAUCCUCGUCUGCUUCUUCCUCCUCAUCCUCUUCCUCUUCUGAAAAUGAUGACUCAUCUGAUCAAGAUUGGGAAGAAGAAGAGGGUCUUCGAAAAAGAGAACGAGAUCGACGGAAAGUAGAGAGAGAGCUUCAGAGGCGGCGAAAUAGGGAGAGGCAUAUAAGAGAGAGAGAUCGUCAGCGUCGCCAUGAGAGAAUAAUCAUCCCCCCUCCCCCUGCCUCUCAUCGACCACUUACUCCACCACCUUCAAUUCCUCUUCCCACUCCACCAUCUCCACCAAGGGCUCCUCCUUGCUUGACCUGGUUUGAGAUGGAAGGUUUACAUUGCCUUGUAAUGAAGCUUGAGUCUCUUCCCCCACAUAAGAAAUCUGUGCCUGAUGGUAUCCAUGACCCAGAUGCUCUCCUCUGUGACAUCAAGGUGGGUAUCUAUUGA